UAUUUCGAUACGCACAAAAUUUCAUUUCGAUAUUAAUUUUUAGUCAAUUUUUUCCCGCCCUAUAUUAUUUUUUUGGCUUGGGGGAGAUGAUAAAUCGCUGGAAACUUGAAGGUGCUUACGUUAUCUCACAUUUACAUUUGCAUUUUGCAGCAUGCCAAUACUAACCUAUACAACUUCAAUUUUUAGCAGGCGUUAAAUGUGUGGCCGACUUUCUUUUCCGUCCAGUAUUUGGUUAAUUUCUCUCGUCUUAACAACCGAAUAACGGAAACUAACCAAAUACUUGCUGGAAAAUAGAGUAAAUAGAGCUUGCAAGAUUGGAUUACCGUCAGACAUUUAAUGCCUUUAAAAUUUUUGUGGGUUUGUCUUUAUGCGGUGUUUGGAAUUUUCACGUGACACAUGCGCAUUUUUUGACAUUCACGCAUUUUGACAUUUUCGAAAAUUUGAGAUUUUAAUAAUAAUUGUUUGCGGCAGCAUUUGCGAAAUGUUGAGGCCUGCAAUUGAAGAAAAAAAAUAUUUUAUUUUGUACUUAUGAGAGACUGGAAAAUAUUUCCUGUGCUCGAAAUUAUAGAUUCGCAAAAUUGAAUCGUGAAAAAUGGUGGCGUAUGCAUAGUUUUCGCAGGAUAGACCACAAAAUUAGAAUUAACGACGUCGUUACCAGAAAUGUCGUUAAAAGGUCGCAAAAAUACAGCUUAUGGUGGUUUAAUUAGUAGAGUUCGCUGAACCAUCCAUUUUUACUUUAAAAUGUUUAUUAUAAAAAUAAAUGAAGGACUAAAUUUAGAUAUAAAUCAAUGUUAGAAUAUUUAUUCAAAAAAAAGUUAUUCUACAGCAAAAUAAUCUACUAUCUACUAUCGUCACUGGACUCGUCAUCCACAUUAACGACAUAACGACUUCUGUAAACAUUUUCUUCUUCUAUGACAUGUUCUACACAUUUUUCCAAUUAGAAGCAGAUAUUUUUUCUACUUCACUUCUAAUUUAUUCUAUUGCCCCAGAACUAAAUUUUAGCACAUCAGUUCUAUCAGAUUAAAAUUGUAGUGAUAAAGUGGAAGACGGACAACUGUGACUCUCCGCUCCAUGGCCAACUUGUCCACAUUAUACUUCUUAUCAAACGUUUCCGUCUUAGGAGCUUCCAAUAACCGCUUCUUUGUGUAGGAAUGUUCAAAAUACAUAUAAUUUUCAAGCAAAAAAAUUUGAAUGACUUUUAGUCGAUGAUGAAUUUAGUAUUUUUUCCGCCUGCGGAGAAUGGUAGUAGCGAGAACGCAGUUUGGUAGAAUAUUGGAAGCAAUUUUUCAGAAAACCAUAUUUCUUCUUCUUCUUUGAUAUCUCGCAAAAAGCAACAAAGCGUUACAUACCCAACCAACUUCAGAGCCCGCAUGUAGUAUGAUAAGUCGUUUGCCCCGCGAAAUUGGUACAUACAACAUCCAUCCUGUUGUUACCAUCAGUCCAUCCUUUCUUGCCGGUAUCGUGGCUAUCAAACCAGGUCUCACCUAAACAUAUGUCGUUUUUAGCACGAAUUUCUUAGAUUUUUCUCAAAUAUCUUGUCCUCCAUUCCGAAAUUCUUCUUGAUUCCAUCAAAACUUGUCUCGUAUUGAUGAUUUUGUAAUAAAAUCCAAUUCUUCAUACGAACGCACGCUAUGUUCAAAACAGUACGCAACUCUUCAAGUAAAGUUUUAAUUGUUAAAACAAUUUUCUUUUGAUACACUUCAUAUGUCAACCUCUCACUAUUCAAGCAUCGUGCAUGUCAAGUAGACUUUUUGUGACCCCACGAUCUUUCAGCGUUUUUCUUUCUUGGACGCCAUUCACAACUAUAUCACGUACUCUGGCUUACGGUGUUUUAGACAUUUCGGACGUUAAUUUUAUGCCUCGACAUUCCCCAGAUGUCGAUUUCAGAAACAGAAACACAUUUAAAAUUAUAAAUUUGGCAGCAACCUGCAAAUGUGUCCGAGACUUUGAUCCAUUUGAUGGAUGCUCAUCAUCAACGAUUAUUACGUCAUCGACCACAAUCUCAACUUUUUCGUCGCUGGACAUCGCAAGCGACUGACAAAGUUAAAUAAUGUUGGUAUUUGCUAAGAAAUAGAUUGCAAUAAAAUCUAUAUGGUACCUCAAUAACAAUAUCACACUAAGUCUUGAAAAACAAUUGAAUAACAGUAAGUUUUUUUAUUACUACUUACAAGCAUGACGGAAUAGAAAUAUCUCCAAAGCUUCCACCGCUAAGAAAAUACUGUUUCAUAAAACAUUAAAAAUCAUCUACAAAAGGUUUUGUAUUGCUCUUUGGGGAAAAUAUUUUAGAGUCAUUGUUACCCUUAAACCCUUAAAUUGGAAAUCAGUUUUGCUUUCUAAUAUGUUUUUAAUAUAGUAGAUCAACCUAUCUAAUGGGAAAAUUCAGCUUGAAAUCGAGCUACCUCAAGUAGGAACUGUUUUAGGAAGAUUUAUAAAAAGCACACUAAUAUGAAUUAAACAGUAUAAUCAAAGAAAAUUUCCCAGGAUGGUCCAUUCCGCUUUACAACAGACGAGUCUUAAACGCAUUCCAAAGUCAAAACCAUAAAAGGGUGUAAAAACGGUAUAUCGUUCGGCGAACUCUAAGAGCAAUUUUAUUUGAUAUGGAGGUUACGUUAAUAUUUCUAUGGCAAAAAACUGUUCAACGUUAUAAAAAAACUUAAUUAUGCUCAUAUUAAUGACCCACUAUAAACGUAGCAUGCGACCAUUGUAGUUGAUAGAGUACGCGAUAGAGUUAUAACAAAUUAACAUUUACAGGAUUUCCCAGUUGUCAAUACGCGCUAGGAAAGGACUGCUAAAAGGAUUUGUUAUAUCGAGAUAUAACCCGUCAAUGUUUCAUGCAUCUUUAAACUUUUCCUUUUUAGAUUUUUUAUUCCGUUUUUGCUGUUGUGCCAUUUAUCGCUGUAAUGCAUCCUAAAACGUUAAUACGGUCUCACGCGAGGGAACUAACUCGCUUACGUAACCCUAAAAAAAAAAGACAAAGCAAAAUGGGCCCGAAGUGCGCCGGUUGCAACGAAUCGAUAAUCACGGGCGAGUACACGAAAGCGAUGGACCGCGACUGGCACACGCAGCACUUUUGCUGCGACGAGUGUCGCGACCCACUCACCGGCAAAAAGUACGUACCGCACGAGGACCGACCGUACUGCGUCGCGUGCUACGAGAAAUCGUUCGCGAACGCGUGCGACAAGUGCCACAAACUGAUCGGCAUCGACUCGAAAGACCUGUCGUACAAGGACAGGCACUGGCACGAAGCGUGUUUCAAAUGCACGACGUGCGACCAAUCGCUCGUCGACAAACAGUUCGGCUCGAAAAACGACGACAUCUACUGCGGCGCGUGUUACGACGCGCAGUUCGCCUCACGCUGCGACGGUUGUCACGAGGCGUUCGUCACCGGCACGAAAAAAAUGGAAUACAAGAACCGGCAAUGGCACGAGCAGUGUUUCUGUUGCUGCGCGUGCAACACGCCGAUCGGCACGCGCAGCUUCGUGCCCCGCGACCAGAAGAUCUACUGCGCGACGUGUUUCGAGGAUAAGUUCGCAACCAAAUGCGUGCGCUGCAAAAAGGUGAUCCUGAGCGGCGGCGUGACGUACAAGAACGAACCGUGGCACCACGACUGUUUCACCUGCACGCACUGCGAGAAGAGUUUGGCGGGGGAGAGGUUCACGAGUCGCGACGACAGGCCGUACUGCGCCGACUGUUUCGGCGAACUGUUCGCCAAACGGUGCUCCAAUUGUCGCAGGCCGAUCACCGGCGCUGGCGGUACCAAGUUUAUCUCGUUCGAAGAUCGCCACUGGCACAACGACUGCUUUUACUGCGCGGCGUGCAAGACGAGUCUGGUCGGUCGCGGGUUCAUCACCGACGACAGCGACAUCAUUUGCCCGGAUUGCGCGAAGAAGAAGCUGCUCUGAGGCUGAGGGAGUCAUGGGCGCGGGGUACGAUGUCGGAAUGCGUGAAUGUCAACGAGCGGAAAUGUUUGCCCUUGAUUGUAAAAAAUUUUAGUCCCCCAGGGAGAUUUUUCGACCUCUAAUCUUCAACAUUUCCCUGAUUUCUGUUAUCAUAUUUCCCCACACCAUUUUUGAUAGAAUUGCAAUAAAGAGUAGCGGUCUAAUAAGUAGCUCAACUAGCAUUUUUUGUUUUGGGUACGUUUCGAGUACCUAUUUUAUAAAACGUCGUCACUCUUAUAUAACCCCGGCUGCACUUAAAUCGAGAAUCUUGUAAAAGGAACGAUGACUAAAGUUUAGACCGAUAUAAAACUUUUACUCAUCUAUUUGUCAUUACCUUUCUAAACCAUUGAUAAGUUUUAUAACAGAAUAUAGUGUUUAUAAACACAAAACUACUUCUUUCUAAAACUAAAACUUCAUCUUUGUCUAUAUUAUUUGUUUACGAUGUGCAGAGUGACUCACGCUGAGUGGCGUACUAAAAGUGUAAACAUAUUUUGAGAGUUCAUGGAUGCCAGAUCUACCGCAAAUCAACGGCAACAUUGGAAUCUCAAAUGAACACCCUGUAUAUUUCUGCAUUGUACUUAUUACAUUUUAAGACAACUUGCGUAUUAAGUACUAAAACAUUUAAUACAAAUCAACUAAAGUGUAGUACAAAUAUGGAAAAUAUUCAACACAACGGCAUUUCAUUGAAUUGUACAUUAUUUUGUUAAAUAACUCGUAAUUUUUGUUCGCUUGAUCCACUUCCGGUUCAUCAUAAAAGUUGUAUCUUUUAAUCUUUGAAAUACAAGAACAUUAUUUUCUUCGACCCACUUUAGAUUUUAAUAUCUCAACAACGUUUUCUUCGUUAUUAGAAUAAGAUAUGGUUAUUAGAUAAGAUAUGCUUACUGUUCCGAUAAAAAUAAUUUCUUCAAACUUCAGUAUUUUGGUCGAUCGCUUUAGAAGUUACCUAAAGGGUAUUUGUAAAAACCUUUGUAACCGGUAUAAAACUAAUAAAAAUCGAAUAACCAUAUGAAAGUAAUUAGUGCGCAAAUAUCAAAUUUCAAUUAUGCAAUGACUAUUCGGCUGUUUAUUAAUUUAUUGUUGAAAAAAGUGUGCUUAGUUUUUUAUCAGUAUCUAGAUCAAGUUUAGAAUUAAACUAAGCAUGCCUUUUAAAAUUAUGCAAAUGAAAGAAAUUUAUAAAAGUUUUAUGGAGUAAGUUACAAAACCCAAACAGUAAAAGUGUUAUAAUAAAAACGCUAUAAAAAUUUGUAGAUAGAGUAAUGCAAUCGUUUUGGAUGCAAUAUUAUUACACUUACAGUGUUUUAGUAUUUAUUGGAUGUCUUACAAAACUUGUAACACCAACAGUUUUAUUAUAAGACGAUAACAAUUGUUCUUUAUAAACCCCCUUAUAAAUAUCUGUAAGCUGCGAAAAAUGUUAGUUGAGAGUUGGCAUUAUAUCAUACCUGUUCCAAGAUGCCUAGCAUUACCUAGAAAAAUUAGCGGCGAUCAAAAAGCUCUUAUAAAAUAAAAAAGCCAUAAAAGGUUGAACAUUGGACAAGAAGUUUGGUUAGUCCAAGUAGCCAAAUAAACUUUUUGAUAGAAGCCUGAAAUAAACGCAACGCUUGCAAACUUAAUCUCCUCCGGAGCCUCCUGAAAAUCAAAAAAAUUUGGAUAUCCUUUAUUAUCCCCCAUGUUUAUCAUUCGCGACUAAUAGAAUAGAUUUCUCCCUGGGUAGUAAAAAUUUCCGUUAUUUUAUAAUAGAAAUUUUGCAAGAACACUGCAACGAGGUUAGGAAUGCGUAAAGCCUGUUCCCCAUAUAUUUAUUCGCGAAUUUGUUAUUUCAAGUGGUCGCGGAAUCAAAAAAUAAAACAUUAUUGCUGGUUUUCAUUUAUCGUUUAACUGUUAACCAGGUAAUAGUGCUACGCAUAUGGCUUAAACUGCGAGUAACGUCGCGAAAAAAGUUUAAGCCAAUCGUGAAGAAGGUUAAUAUUGUAAAAGGGGCCUAAUAACACGAAGGCAGUCUCUAAACCCUGUUUUUUGCGUAAAUUAUACAAACUUUUCUUUCUAGUAUUACAUAAUAUACCUAAUAAAUAAGUUAAUUUUCGAAAUCAUAUUUUACAUACCGUAUUAUCAAGAAAUUCUUUUUGUCUUUAUACUCCUGUCAUUUCUCCAUAAAACUAUGGAGACAAUAGAAAACCUGCUGAUCCAUAUUAAAAACAUAAAGACCCCACACUUUUGACUUGGAAGUUUGCGACACACCCGCCAAAUAUUCUAAAAUUUAAAACGAGGAAAACUGACUUUUUUU